AUGACAGCUAUUCCUCCCCCUCCGCCCCCCUACAGCAGCAGCAGCAGCAGCAGCAGCAGCAGCAGCCAGCAGCAGCAAAAUGGAGUUCCCCCCCAACGGGAAGGCAGCCGCAAAGCUGCUGCUGCUGCUGCUGCUGCAGCCUCACUGACAUACUCUGAGCUGCAGAACCACCACCUUGUUAAAUUAGCGAGACGAAGUUGGUUGCUGCAGCAGGAGCAGCAGCAGAUUGUGCAUGCGGAUGUGGGGCCCUACUUUGUUGCUGCUGCAGCAGAAAAGAAAAGAGCAGCAGCAGCAGCAACAGGUAAAGCGCAAGAAGCAAGGAAAACCCUUGAAGCAAUUAAAAAACAGCAGCAAAGCCAGCAGCAGCAAAAGGAGCUGCACCGCCAGCAGCAGGUCCUCGCGGCAGCGGAGAAGCGUGCUGCUGCUGCUGCUGCUGCAGCAGAUGCAGCAGCAGCAGCAAAGCAAUCCUGGGAGGCGCGCGAAGAGGCGAGAGGCGCCGGAGGCAGCUCCAGCAGCAGCAGCAGCAGCAGCAAGACAGCAGCACUAAUUGCUGAUGUGUACAGACAGCUGCGAAGAGGUGGAUUCUCUGGGGGCGCCUUACAAGCCUUAGAACACACCCAUUACUUAGAGGCCCUCCUAUGGCCGUCCUUCAGCAGCAGACCUGCUGCUGCUGCUGCUGAUGCUGCUGCUGCAGAUGCAGCUCCCAAGUCAGGGCCAGGAGCAGCAAAGGCAGCAACAGCAGCAGCAGCAGCAGGAACAACACAGCCUGCUCACCUGCUAAGUAUAUGCGCGUUGCUCGUCAGUUCAGGGGCGAGGGGUGGGGAGAUGCUGCAGCCGCUGCAGCGGCAGCCACGCCAGCUGCGCGCUCUGCUGCAGCUGGAGGCCCCAAGAGCCCCCACGGAGCAGCAGCAGCAGCAGCAGCAGCAGCAGCAGCAGGAAGAUGCUGAUGACUUGCCUGCAGAGUUUCUAGAUGCUAAGGUCAAAACCCUCUUCUACAGGCUCGCCAUGCUGCUCACAACCUCUCAACUCCCAGGCAAGAAGCAGCAGCAGCAGCAGCAGCAGCAGCAGGAAGGCAACAAGGGAAACGAGAACAGCGCGGCUGUUGAUGCGCCCAACAACAACAGCAGCAGCAACAACAACAACAGCAGCAGCAACGGCACCAGCAGCAGCAGCAGCAGCGGGAAGCUGGUGUACACUAGCGACACGCGAGAGCAGCCUCCAUUGGGUGAUUGCAUAAUUGUGCUACUGCCAAAGUCUGCGCAGCAGCAGCUGCUGCAGCGCAGCGCUGCUGCUGCGCUGCUGUGGAAACGAGCGGAAAAGCGUCUCCUACCGCUGCAGCAAGUUGCUGCUGCACAGCAGCCGCAGCAGCAGCAGCCGGAGCAGCGGGAGCAGCUGCAGCAACUCAUGCUGGAUAGAGAUUUCAUGUUCGUACUGAUGAGAAAAUUCGUCUUCCUCGCAGAAGACGAGUGCGGGUCCUACGGAAGAGAGGAUGUCCCGCUGUCUCUUGUGCUGCUGCUUGAGAGGAUGCUGGAGUUGUUUGUAGAUUUGCUGGCGCAGCUGCCUACUCGACGCUGUUUGCUGCCGCUGCUGCAGCAGCAGCAGCUCGCUGUACGCGCUGAACGAAGCGCAGCAGCAGCAGCAGCAGAAGCAGGAGUCUUGCGGCAGCUGCUGCAGCAACUCUUCUUCUACGAACGAUUUGAAAUCGAUGAUGACACCGGGCGCCCCCUUGCAGCAGCUGCCUGUACAGCCCGACACUACGACAAAGUAGAAGCCUUCCAACGUCGCUGCUUUGAGCUGGGGGGUGGUGCAGCAGCAGCAGCAGCAGCAGCAGCAGGAGGAACACCUGCAGCAAAUGCUGCUCUUGCUGAUGCUGCGCUGCAACCAAUCUCUUCUAUCGAUGAUUGGAGGCGACUGCAGCAGCUGCUGCAGCAGCAAGAGCUGCUAACGCUCCUCGACCUGUGCAUACACCUGCAGCUGCUAGAUCCUUUGCUGCUUCCUGGUGUAGCUGAACCGGCAGCUGAAGCAGCAGCAGCAGCAGCAACAGCAGCAGCAGCUGGUGCGCGCCAACUCGCAGCAGCAGCAGCUUGCAGCAGCAAACGCAGCAAACAGUGGGUAAAGCAGCACCUUGUUGCAGUGUUGGUGAGGGCGCUGCAGCGGGAAGCAGAUCAGCUGCAGCAAAUCAACAGCCAGCCUAUCUAUCCUGACGAGCUGGAGCUGUGGAAUGAAGUUUUGCUGCCGCCGCAGCAGCAGCAGCAGCACCAGCUGCAGCAGCAAUCCCUCGCUCUCCCCAAACUCAACCUCCAAUUCUUAACACUCCACGACUACUUGCUGCGAAACUUCCGCCUCUUCAGGCUGGAGUCGAUAUACGAGAUAAAAGAAGAGAUAGAAGAUGCUCUGUGGCGCUUGAGGCCUCGGAGGAAGCUAGCAGAAAACGCUGUUGCUGCUGCUUACCCAUCAGCAGCAGCAGCAGGGCAGCAGGACCUGCUGCAGCAGCAGCCGGAAGCAGCAGACUAUCUCGGGGGUGAAACUGUCUUUGAGGGUUCCUGCAGAAUGGCGCUCAAACUCGAGCGGUUUACUGUUGUCUCUGUCGAACCCCCUAGGGUUGGAGAGCAUUUUCCUGCUGCGGUGUACGCGGAGCUGGUGUAUGAUAUUGGGGGUUGUCAGCAGCAAGUGCGGCAUGAGUGGGACAGCUUAGGGAAGCACGAUAUAGUUUUUUGUUUAGCUGUCUCUCCUCCGCUGCAUGCGCUGCAGCAGCACCCGGAGGGUCUUCCUGCUGCUGUUGUUAGACAGGGCUUCGGUGUAAUUGCAGUAAGAGGCGCAGAAGUUGUGGAGCUACUCGAUCAAGAAGGUGUAUGCAUUUCAGAGCCAAACCCCCUCAAACCUCACCGACCCGUUGGUACAUCGCGUACACUUCGCGUGUUAUUAGAUAGCUGCGCAUACACUCGAGAUUUGCAAGAAUUAAAAGAAGGUGGUGUGUCUUCCCUUCAUGCUCAAAUGAACAUGUUGCUGCGUCGUAGCGCUCGCCAAAAUAACUUUAAAGGGGUCUUGCAGACAAUUCGCUGUCUCAUGAACAAUGAAGAAGAAUUGAUUAUCCCUCCGUGGCUUCAAGAUAUCUUUUUAGGGUAUGGAGACCCAUCGAGCUGCCUAUACACCCGAAUGCGUACCCGUCUACCUGUUCUAGAUCUAAGAGAUACAUUUAUAGAUCUACAACAUAUCAAAGAAGCAUUUCCUUUUGCAGCCAGUCUGCAGCUUCCUUCUGAAGAAGAGAUGCAAACCCUAACAAAACCACCUUAUUAUAAGCUUAAAUUCGUAUUGCCUGACAGCAAGCAUCAAGCAGCAGCAGCUGCUGCAGAUCCUGCUGCUGCUGCUGAUCCCGCUGCUGCUGCUGCUGCUGGGAUCGAUCCAUUGGAUGGAAGUCGCGCUCAUAUAUCAGUCUCGAAAUAUACUUUAGCUAGCUAUGGCCCUUAUAAAGAAUGCGAACGCAAAAGAAACAAAAUCAGAUUUACACCCGCCCAAGUGCGUGCAUUGAUAUCGGGUCUACAGCCAGGACUAACAUUAAUAUUGGGGCCCCCAGGUAGCGGGAAGACAGAUACUGCAGCACAAUUAGCUAGUUUGCUUUAUCAUGCAUCUCCUAAUGAAAGGAUUGUUCUUGUCUCUCACUCUAAUGCUGCUCUUAACGAUCUCUUCCGCAAGGUAGCAGCACUUGAUGUAGAUGAGACCAGACUGCUUAGACUUGGAAGGGGAUCUGCAGAUCUACAGCAGCAGCAGCAAGCCCUCUGGCAGCAGCAGCAGCAGCAGCAGCAGCAAAUGGGGGAUGAUUUGCUGCUACCUUUAGAAGGCUGUGAUGAUCUGGAGGACUUCUCCUUCUCUAAGCAUGGUAGAGUUAAUAAAGUGCUUGAAAGAAGAAAGCAUUUGCUGCAGCAGGUUGCGAAACUCGCUGCAUGCAUUGAGGAGGAGCUUGCUGCUGCUGCUGCUGCAGCAACAGCUGCUGCUGCUGCUGGCAGCAAAAAUGCAACUCCUCCGGUUUCGGUGUCUGUAGGAGACGUCAGCUCCAGCUGCGAAGCAGCGCUGCAGUUCUUCCGAUAUCAUAUUCAGUUUAGGAAAGAAAGAUAUACAGCAGUACUCGAUAACAUCAAACGGCUGCAGCAGCAGCAGCAACAGCAGCAGCAGCAGCAGCAAGAGAUACGGAAAAAGAUUGAAGCAGCAGUAGAACGCUAUGAACAAGAAAAAGGCAGCAGAAUCUUCAUCAUGCUCCCAAUCAGCCUCAAAAAGCCAAACCCAGACAACCAGCAGCAGGACCAACAGCAGCAGCAGCAGGACCAACAACAACAGCAGCAGCAGCAGCAACAGCAGCAGCAGCGUGAACAAGGAGGGAAGCGUCCGACUUCAGCCCCUGCUGGUAACCGCCAAAAGAAGCGCAGGCAGCAAGAGCAGCAGCAGGAACAAGAGGAGCAGCAGGAGGAGGAGGAGGAGGAGGAGGAGGAAGAGCAGCAGCAGCAGCAGGAUAGCGAUAAGGAGUCUGCUGUGCCUGAGGGUCUUUUUGCUGUUGAUGCAGUGACAGCUCACUACGAGUACGGGCGUAGCUUUGAAGAGUUGUUAUUCCCCUUUACUUCUUUCUUUAGUGAUGCGCCGCAACCUCUCUUCCCAGGGGAAGCAGCAGCAGAUGCAGCAGUUGCGGAGAGCUGCUUCCGUUAUAUGGAACAGAUGCAGCAGCAGCUGCACGACUAUCGUUCAUUUGAACUCCUCAGGACUGCUGGAGACAGAGCAGACUUCCUUCUUACGACGCAUGCGCGUAUGAUAGCGAUGACUUGCACGCAUGCAGCGAUAACUCGGGACCGAUUGGUGGAGCUGAAUUUUACGUUUGACUCUUUAAUAAUUGAAGAAGCUGCUCAAAUUCUUGAAGUGGAGACGUUCAUUCCAAUGUUGCUGCAGAAAGCAGCAGAUAAAAACACUCGCCUUAAACGCGUUGUGCUGCUCGGUGACCAUCAUCAGCUGCCGCCUAUUGUUAAGCACAUGUUGUUAUAA